AUGGCCCUACUAAAAGACUCCCUAACAACAAUCUCAUCCCUCUCCAAACUCCUCUUCCUCUCCUACAUACUCGACUGGAUAUUCAUAAUCGGCAUCGCCCUAAUAGGCUACGGCUUCUACAAACAACACCCAAACCAGCACCCCUUCAGCCUCACCGACCCAACAAUCUCCUAUCCGGAAAGCCCAGAAACAGUAACAACAGCAACCCUCAUCCUAGUCGGCCUCCUCGCGCCAGCAGCCCUAAUCUUCUUAAUCAGCGCGCUCAUCGUACCCGGCAGCGUAACUGCUCCAUCAACCACCCACCCCAAGCCUAGACUGCCAGCCGCGCACGUCAUCCGGCGCAAGAUCUGGGAAUGGAAUGUCGGGUGGAUGGGGCUGGCGCUGGCGCUGGCGAGUGCGUGGUGCGCGACGCAGGGGCUGAAGGUCCUCAUUGGGAAGCCGAGGCCUGAUCUGAUUGCGCGCUGUGAUCCGGAUUUGUCGGCUGUGGAUCGGUUUACGGUUGGCGGGCUCGGGGGUAGGGUUGAUGGGGCGCCGGUGCUUGUUUCUUGGGAGAUUUGUCGCGAUCAGUCGGAUAGUUUGAGGAUUGAUGGGUUUGCUAGUUUUCCUAGUGGGCAUUCUUCAUUUGCCUUCUCGGGACUGCUUUAUCUGACCCUUUGGCUGUGUUCCAAGUUCUCGGUGGGAUUCCCUUAUUUGCCGCAUUAUCCAGUUGAGGAUCAGACCUUUGCGGAUGAGGCAGCUUCUGUUCGGAGACGGGGCGCCGCACCGCCUGUUUAUCUGAUGUUGAUUGCGUUCUUCCCGACGGCGACGGCGGCCUUCAUUGCUGGAUCGCGCUGGUUCAAUUAUCGGCAUCAUGGCUUUGAUAUCCUGUUCGGUUCCGCUCUUGGCAUAUUCUUUGCCUAUGUUGGGUUCAACAUGUAUCAUUUGCCAAUUCGCCGCGGCGCGGGCUGGGCCUGGGGUGCGCGCAGUCGCAGGAGGGCUUUCCUGCGUGGGAUUGGGUUCCCUAGUUCUCUUGGAACUGAUAGCUGGUCGUAUACACACGACAUGGGCGUGGGCACGCACGCCAACGGUCAUAGUAAUGGUCUCGGCACUGAUAUCGAGAUGGCGCCUCGAGGUCGAGAUGCGCCAUUGGAAGGCCAUGCCAAAGCGGGUAGCAGCUCUGGCAACGGUGCCAGGCUGGAUGAGUGA